AUAAGACGCUAUUAGCAGCAACAUGGCGCGGUGCAUGAUGGGACUACACGAGCGUUAGCCUCGGAGCUAAAGGGAAUAUAAAGUGUGUUUUUCAUGUUUGGGUGAACAUGUGACUUUAAGUUUGACUUCACGAGGCUGUGAGGGGGAAACUGUCCUUUGAUUGUGUAUUUCUGAUCACAGAGCACUGACUCGAGACGGUGCAACGACACAGUAACUAGCAUCUAAGCUAGCUUGAACAUUACCUGGUUCAGCAGUCUUUGAAUAUUUACUGAUGGCUUUCUAUGAAGUCUAUUCUCAUCCGGCAUUAGUCCGGUACAAAACCAGCGUCUGCACAAAAGCCACUCUUUUCUUGGUUGUGGUUUUGUGCCUCACCUACAUCCCUCCUCUGCUGGUGGCUUACAGGAGUCAAGGUUUCUGGACAAAAAGAAGCACCUAUGAAGAACAGCCGGUGGUGAGGUUCCAGUACCAGACGCUGCUGGUGGCAGCAACCAGUACUCAGGGAGACCACGUCGCAUGGAGCACCUUUCCCCAUCUCAACAACAUGCUCGGGUCUAACCUCCGGAUCCCUGUCGUGUCUGUAAGAGAAGAGGACCAGAACCAGGAUGGGAAACUGGAUCGCCUUACUUUCCAACUCCAGCUCCCUCUAAAACCAGAGGAACAGGUGUACAGUGUCCAACUGUUGCUCACCUUCAGCUACCAACUGUUUGUACCGAUGUCUACAGUGGUGAUGCAGAGCUUGGCCUAUGUGCAGCACUCUUCUUCCGUCCCUGGAGCUAAACUGUUCAUCAGCGGAGGACUCAUGAGACUGCAGCAGAGGACGCCCCUAGCUCACAGAGGACUGUACAACAUUUACAAUGUGUCGGUGAUUGAUGGCUCCAGCCCCUUUGCGAGUGCAUACGACCUAGACAACAUAAUCGGGAGGUACCAGGAGAGAAACCUGACCACAGUCCUGUCCUGUCCCAUGCCAGUGUGGACUGUGGGACGAGCUGCUGGUUCUCCCUUUCAACUGAAUGCUGAGAUCCGUUAUCCAACUGAAGUCAUUAGUUAUCGUCCUGGCUUCUGGGAAACCAUCAAGUUCGCCUGGAUCCAGUACGUCAGUGUCCUGCUGAUCUUUCUCUGGGUCUUUGAGCGCAUUCAGAAAUUUGUUUUCCAGAAUCAGGUUCUUACCACCGUGCCCAUACCAGUGGGGAAACCUCACCUUUCAUGAAGCUGUGGUGGUGCUUCCACUUGGGUUGACAAAAGCUCAGGGUGUCUCAGGGUAGGGAGAACCCUGUUAUGUCAAAUCAGUUGUUUCAGGUGAGCGAGAGCUGUAAACCACAUUCAAUGAGCAACAGUGUUCAGGAUGGUCUCAUACUUGGAACUUGUGACAGCUUAAAGACUUUCAACUGUGUGUUCAUUCAUUUGAAGAUUGUAGCGUUGACUUGAAACACUUUUGCUAUGUGAUCUAAAGAACAGGGUUAGAUCAACGAACAAUAUCAACUCUAAUGUAGGAACUGUCUUGUCUGUAGUCAUUACUUAACAAUUUGAAGAUUGAAGCUCAAAAGAACUUGCUGUACUCCUUGAAUAGACACAUUUCUUGCAAACAUGCAGAGGGACACACAAGGCCAGUCGUUAACCCUCUCCCUGACAGGUUUGUUCCUGCAGGCCUUCCUCUGCAGGGACGACUUCCUGCUUAAAUGCAUUUCUUCUUUUUACUGCUUUUUAAAUCCGUGGAUUUAUAGAAAACAGAUUUUCUAUAUUUUUACCAUUUGUAUUUGUAUGACUGUACGAGACAGCAAUAACGACAAUAUUUGUUAAUGUCCUCUAUCAUUUUAUAUUGUACAUAGGUUUAGAUGAUGGAUAAUAAAACGUUUUGUACUGUUAA